AUGGAUCAGUCGACCAGCGGGACCAGACCGUCUGGGCUUCCUAGACCUUCGAAGCUGCCUGUGCCCCGUGCUGGCCUGCGCCCUGCUCCAUCCAGAGAGAACUUGAACUUGCAGCAAACUGCAAAAUCAUCUAUCGUCAAUCCGCGACUUCGAAAUGCCCCCUCCAGCGACAGACUCUCUUCGUCGAGUUCGACCUCGACCUCAACCCCAUCGAAGCUGCGCAAUCCUGCGACCCCAUCCAAAAACCGCAAUUCAUUUGGCGGUCUCACUCCCUCAAAUCAACACGUCUCCCAACGGCCUAGUCGUGAAACCCUCUUCAAAAAACCCUCUCGAAACUUCUCCGGUGACGACCAAUUACGGCUUGAUAAUAGGGGAGAAGAAGGAGUCUUUCAAGAAGAUGAGAGUCCUAUCUUGGAAGAGUCAGAGGGCGAGCUGCUUAGCAAAGCGAAGGUUCCUAGAAGGGCCCGGCCAUCACUCUCGGAACGAACAAUGGAGACUUUGCAGAGCAUACCGCCUUCUCCUGUAGUGCGAAAAAGGAAUUCAAGCUUCUUCAUCUCCGAAAGCCCUUUGCGUCCUCCAUCUAGUGGCCUCCAAUUCUCCAGGCCGGGCUCUAGUCACCUUUCAGAUGGAUCCAUGCGGCCACCAUCUAGAUCGGUGAGCUCGAGACCUAGCUCAAGCGGGGGACCAGGACUUGGACUUGUCCAAGCCGCUCCUGUGGAUUUCCGUGCUUCUACAAACACUUUCAAGACUCCAUCGAAACGACCCAGUCUUGCAAACAUUGGAAAGUCACUUAAAACACCAUCAACUAUACGCGCCAAUAUACCCCACACACCAGAUACUUCUACCUCAAAACAGCUGUAUCCCAAGUAUGGCGCAUUGGCACAGCGUUCGCCAAGCCCUGUCAAAUCCACAGCUAGGAUACCAGGCGUCAGACAAGGAAGCAAGACAAUUGCCUCCCGCCCACUGAAACCACGUGCUUCUGUCAAUGGAUUAUUCCGCAAGCCUUCAAUGCCGGCAUUGAACAAAGCUAGUGACAUCGAUCGAAUUGGAUUUGACCCAAAGAAGCAGUCAACUGCGUUUUCAAAUACAUCUUCCGAAGCUACUUCAACUACUUCUAAAAUCUCUGCAACGACUACAGCAGCUUCUGUAUCGUCAGAUGUUCAAGAUGUUACCCCAAGGAAAUCCUCUAUGGCACUUCGUGAUCAAAUUGCAAAAGCUAAAGCCGCGAAGCGAGCUGCUGCCACAAAAAUGGCGACUGAUACUGGAUUAAAGGGCCAGGAAGUACCUGUGAUUCCAAGCGGGACUUUCGAUUUCGGUCUUGCGGGUGACCCUUUCAACCAGCAAGUCGGCCAGAACAGCUCCAAAGGCAUUCUUCGCAAGCGUAUCGAUUCUGCACGAUCCGAUGGGCGAUUGAACAUCGCAGCAAUGGGAUUUAAGGAGAUACCCCAGGAAGUCAUGAAUAUGUACAAUUUGGAUGCGAUUGAAGAUGGAUCAUGGGCCGAGACUGUAGAUCUGAAAAGAUUUGUCGCGGCUGGUAAUGAGCUUGAAGUGAUUCAUGACGAUAUAUUUCCUGAUAUUGAUCCACGUGAGCACAUGGAUGAUGAGGAUGCCAAAGGAAAUCAAUUCGGCGGGCUGGAAACGUUAGACCUGCAUGGAAAUGUUCUGAUAGUUUUACCUCUUGGAUUGAGGAGACUCGAGAUGUUGACAACCCUAAACCUCACCAAUAACAAGCUCGGGAAUGAAUGUUUUGAAGUCAUCUCCCAGAUUCCGUCCUUGCGAGACCUGAAGCUUGGAGACAACAAGCUGACUGGUUCUCUGGAUGAAAGAAUAUCUAACCUGCAAAAGCUCGAGACUCUUGAAUUGCAGCGGAAUGCUUUGACAUCUUUGCCUGAGGGAAUUGCCGAACUCGUGCAUUUGCGAGUUCUCAAUGUCAACGAGAACAGUCUCACAUCACUGCCAUUCACGACUUUACGCAACCUGCCUCUCGUUGAACUCCUAGCCGCAAAGAACAAACUUUCUGGUGCGCUUGUCUCAGCCGACGUGGAAGAGCUACCAAAACUUCAGCUUUUAGAUGUGACAUCUAAUUCUCUCACUUGUUUGGCAGCCUCCGGUCAGCUCAGCCUUCCGUCUCUCCAUCAACUCAGUUGCUCGUCCAAUCGAAUCGGAAGGCUUCCUGACUUAAUUUCAUGGAUAUCCCUUCUUACAAUUGCUGCUGAGGACAAUAGCAUUGUAGAUAUUCCAGAAGGUUUCGUCUCACUUAGCAAAGUCAAAAAUGUAAACUUCAGUGGCAAUAACAUUAAAGUUAUAGACGAAAGAAUUGGAUCUAUGGACAAUCUCGAUAUUUUCCGAAUUAGCGGCAACCCUCUAAGAGACAAAAAGUUUGCUGGAAUGGAUGCCACAGACCUAAAGCGCGCCUUGAAGGCCCGAAUGGCACCACCUGAACAGGAGGUCGAUAAGGAGACGGAUACUGAUGGUGGAUUCUAUUCCGCUCCUGUCUCGCCUAUCUCUCCAAAUCAUUCUUCGUUCGAGUGGCCUGUCAAAGCUGGAGGCGUCUUGGAUCGAUCCAAUACGCAGUCUCACUCGCUCAACCCCGUUUCGGCAGCCGAAGCUGCUGCUAGAGAUCCAAUCAAGGAGCUUCAGUUGCACCACAACAAGUUCAACGAGAUACCAGCUUCUGUUGCCUUCUUUGCGGCAACUCUGACGACACUUUCCUUGGCCCAUAACGAGUUGAACAGCGAUAAUUUCAUGAAGGAUGAUUUAGAAUUGCCCAUGUUGAAAGAGCUUAACUUGAGCUCUAACACGUUGAAUUCUCUACAACCUUUAAUUCAACAUCUUCAUGCACCUCAUCUGGAGAAGCUCGACAUCAGUUUCAACCGACUGACGUCCCUACCUCCUCUAAGACAACACUUCCCGAACUUGAUUGCACUCUUUGCUUCCCACAAUACCAUCAGAGAGUUAUCUCCAGAGUCUGUGAAAGGGCUGAGGUCUUUAGACUGCAGCAGCAACGAUAUCAACAGUCUCAACGCCCGCAUUGGCUUGCUAGGUGGACCGGGAGGAUUGCAGAGUUUGAAUGUAAGCAUGAACCGGUUCCGAGUCCCCAAAUACACCAUUUUGGAGAAAGGAACAGAAGCUACGCUGGCGUGGUUGAGAGACAGAAUUCCUGCUGGGGAAGUUAGCCCUCCUGAAAGUCCUGCUGAGACCGAUUAA